ACAGCAAUCGCGCUCACACCAAGAUCAGUCUCCCAGGCCUGCCUCGCUGUCUGCCACUUUCCUGCUUUGCUCUGCACCUGGAUUUGUGUCUCCCUGCAAACCCUAGCGCGGAUGGCAGACGAUGAGAAGCCUAAGGUGCUUGUCGAGAUUCGCUUAGAAUCCGCCAGUGAUUUGCGCGACACGUCGUGUCUCCGCCCGCUUAUUCCCUACGCUACUGUGUGCUUGUACGGUAACACCAAGCACCGCCAGCCCAUUGGUCCCGCGUUUCACGGCGGUCCUUGCCCAGUCUGGAACAACGCAGUUGUGAAGUUCUUAGUCGACGAGGCGCUACUCUCCGUCGAGCCUCACGCACCUGCUCAUCUGACCGGGCGCGAAGCGAACUUCUGCCCGUUCGCCCUAGUCGAACUCUUCAAGUCUAAAUCGCGACGGAAAUGUUUAGGCUUCGCCCUUGUCCUGCUCGAGCCGGCAAUUCGAAACCAUGGCGGCCCGUAUUCUGCCACGUGUAAGCUCUCCAGAAUCGGGUGGGGUGGCGUCUCCGCAGCAGGGGAGGUCAAAGUCGAGGUGACAGUGGAAAAACCGUCCUUCGCGCCUGCGAAAGGAACUCCUGGAUUUGAUGCUUUCUCUCGAGUGCCCCCUACGCUGUCGGUAUACCGUGAGGGAAAAGCGCCGCCGGUUAAAGGUCAAAUUGUGAGAAAGAGCGGCCACCACCACCGCCACAGUAGGAGCCUUUCCUUCGACGCUGCGGCCUUUCUUGCACUGGAUAUCGGAACCGAGUGUUGCGAGGAUGCGGUCGAGUGCUGUGACAAUUCUUAUGCGGGAGCGGCAGACGAAUGCGGGGACAGGGGGGGAGGUGGAUGGUUCAGCGGAUGGGGUGAUUCUGGAGGAUGUGAUUCUGGCGGAGGUGGUUGGGGUGGAGGUGACUCUGGCGGAGGCGGUUGGGGUGGAGGCGACUCAGGCGGAGGGGGCGGUGGGGGAGAUGGCGGCGGUGGCGGAGGUGGAGAUUGAAGACAAAAGGCUCGCCACCUUAUGUUGCUCUAAAAUGUAUAUAUCUAUAGAGUGCUAUGAGUUAUGAAAUAAAUAUUUGGUUCAGGGUUAGGUUAUGGAACAUGUGUGGUGUAAUAUGUACCCGGUCCAGCUGUGCUGGUGGGGCGACGUAAGAAAAGCAGUUUCAUGCAGAUCCGUUUCUUCCGCGAAGAAGUUCUUGCCAUCCCCCAUUGAAUGCAAUUGUUCGGGUCUGCGUGGGCG